GGGGAGGCUGCCGGGAGCUGGCUCGGCUGUGGGUCCCGCGGCCGGUGCUCCCGGCGAGGCAUGAGCCUGUCCGGCUCGUAGGGGCCAUGCCGCCGGCUCUCCGGGCCUGCCACGCUUCGCGUCCCGGCCGCCGCGCCCUGCGUCCGCGCCGGGAUGGUGAACCUGGCGGCCAUGGUGUGGCGCCGGCUUCUGCGGAAGAGGAGGAGAGGGCAGUGAGAGAUCGGAGUCUCCUCCAGGUUCAAGACCAUGAUCAGCCCAUCCCAUGGAAAGUGCAGUUCAACUUGGGCAAUAGCAGUCGGCCAAGCAAUCAGUGUCGGAACUCCAUCCAGGGGAAGCACCUCAUCACAGAUGAGCUGGUGCCUCUGAAUCCAGCACACACCCGCCCACCUGUGAGUGUCUCCGGAGGAGCGUCUGGGGUCUUAGAGCCCAAGCCAUUACAGAUGACAUCAGGUCCCUGUAUCUGUGGAAGAGACGUCGUUGUCCCACCUGCCCUGUCUCUCCCACGCAGGUGUGCAGACCUGCUGAUGUGCACCCACCUGUCCCACACAGAUGUGCAGACCUUCGCAGAGGUCUCCGGGCUGCACAGCCUCGGGUGCCCUCUGUCCUUGUCCUCCGGGUGCCAGGGGUUGCACUGAAGCAACCUUGUGGGACCAGGUCGCCAUCUGGUGGCAGGGAUGGGUGAGUGCAGUGACAGGAGUGUUGGGAUCCUGCCCGGGCUCCCUGGUGCAGCUCCAGGGCCUCUUGUAGAGGCCCAUCAGCCAGUGCCUUCCGUUGUGGUUGUGGCCGACUCCUGUCGCUUUGUCAGGGCUUCCUACCCGUAGAGCUCGUGUUUAAACCUUGAACCACUUACUGAAACAGAAUCCUUUUUCUGCGCCCCCACCCUUAUAAAAGAUGUAUUUAUUUGGAAUGCAGAAUGACAGAGAGAGAUUUUCUAUCCUCAGGAAGUUACAGUGGCUAGAGCUGGGCCAGUGUGAAGUCAGGAGCCAGGAACUCCAUCCGGUCUCCACGACGGUACUGAGGCCGUCUGCUGUGGCUUUCCCAGGUGCAUUAGCAGGGAGGUGGAUCAGAAGUGGAGCAGCUGGGACUUGAACUGGUGCUCUGAUGUGGGAUGCUGGCAUGACGCUGGCCCCCAGAAUCUUUCCUACGAGGCAAGAAAGCUUGGGCGUGUCUUUUGAGGGCAACUCUCGGUCCUCAAGAGCUUUGAGUGUUGAGCUGCGAGCACUGCUUCACCUCGGGUGGGUGAGAGACGGUGGACUCCGUCAUUUCUAGUAUCCAGAUGGAAAUGUCAUCACUGCCCUCGUUCUCCAGCUUACCAACUCCCCCUGCUGUCUCUUUGUUCCUGUUUCUCCCAGGCCCUUCGGGUCUCCACGUUGUCCCCACUUUGCUGAUACAGAGACCGAGGCCUCACAGAAAUAAACCAUUGACAUGAGCAACAAUUUUAUUUCUUGAAACGAGUGCUAGGUUGGCCAGGGUGUGAAAUCAUUCAUGCCUAGUGUGGUGUGUUACACUUGGGAGGCAUUUUAAUAAGUAUGUAUUGAGGCCGGUGCCGUGGCUCAAUAGGCUAAUCCUCCGCCUUGCGGCGCCGGCACACCAGGUUCUAG